GCCUGUUGCACAAAAGUAGAAUUAAGACAUCCGGGAUAAAUGACUCAGCUGAGCUCAAUGAAGCCAAAACAUGUGCGUCCAGGCUUAAUUGGUUGCACAAAGACCAAGCCAGGAUGAGCAGACACGGAUUCAUUAAGCCAGGUGAAACCAAUCCUGGAUAGGUGCGCGCUCACGGCUCACUCAAAUAGACCCCGCCACAGAUCACAGAUUAACUGAUUUACCAUGGCAACUAGAGCCGCGUACUUUUCCCCGUCGGAAGCACAAAUCCUCAUGGAGGCAUACGAGGAGGUAAAAGAUAUAAUUAAGAAGAAAGGCAACACCGCCACAGUGAUAAAGCAAAGAGAAAAAGCGUGGCAAAGUAUUGCAGACCGCCUGAAUGCAUUAAACAUGAACGGGCCAAAACGGACAUGGCAGCAGGUCAAAAUCAAAUACAAGAACAUUCUGCAGAAUGCAGUGAAAAAGAAUACCCACAGACAAGGCACGGGUGGUAGGUCACCAAAGGCUGACCUUACCCCAGCAGAGGACAUGGCCUUGGAGCUAAAUAAAGGCAGGCCCGUCUUAGAGGGGAUCCCUGGGGGGAAAGAGACGAGCAUAGGUUCCUCCCAAGAUGCCACCCGCUUCAUUCAAGUGUCUGGCAGCACUGUGUUCCUGUUAGAGCCACCAGCACAAGCACCAGACGAUGCUGAUCCAGGUGAAGGCCCCAGUGCAGCAGCAACAGCACAUGAUGGAGACGAUGAUGAGGAGGAGACCAUCUCUCUGGAUUCCAGAAGGCAUGAGGACCCAGAUGCUAUACAGUGGGAAAACCAGCCUGGCAACAUAAGCUCACAAGCUAUCAGAAAGUUGUAUGGCAACCACCUCCGGCGCCAAAUAGAACUGGCAGACAUAGACAUUCAGUACAAGAAGAAAAAGAUGGAAAAUCUUGCACUGGAGUCCGAAAUAAAAAAGAGGACAAUUAGGAAACUGGACCUUGAAAUAAAAAAACUUGAGAGGGAGCUCCAAGAAGAUGACACAGCUGAAAAUAAAAAUUAGCAAUCAGUACAACCAAGUCAUCGUUAUAAGGCAUCGCCCUCUUUUGCCCACCCCCCCAGCACCAGGUGUGGCCACUAGCCUAUAUGAAGGCCCAAAAUUGUGUGUUCCUUUCUGCUCUGACAAUGGCAUGCCCAU